AAUGUCAGUGCGUCUUAUGGAGCGAAUAUGGAGUGGCCGGUCCGGUAUUUCCACCGUGUCCGCAGUCUCUUGGUCAUCCCCUGUACUGUCUGCAGUCUCUGGUCAUCUCCCGUACUGUCUGCAGUCUCAUGGUCAUCCCUUGUACUGUGUCCGCAGUCUCUGGUCAUCUGUACUGUGUCCGCAGUCUCUGGUCAUCCCCUGUACUGUGUCCGCAGUCUCUGGUCAUCUGUACUGUGUCCGCAGUCUCUGGUCAUCUCCUGUACUGUGUCCGCAGUCUCUGGUCAUCCCCUGUACUAUGUCCGCAGUCUCUGGUCAUCUCCUGCACUAUGUCCGCAGU